CGUUAAGCGGCGGAUUCGACUGCCAUUCGCUACUCAGUUCACAGGAGAAGAAGAAGAUUAUGUUUGGCGCCUCUAGCACAUGGCUGCCAUUAACCCACCCAGUGCACCCACCAUCUCCGCCAUAUCUCCUUUAUUUUCCUCUCCAAAUCCAUUUCGCUUGCCUUCAAAAUCAACUAUUUUCCAUCAUCUGUCACUCGCUCCACCUUCUUUCUUUAAUCCAAAACUCCGUCAGAAACACCGCUCUCGCUUCUCCACCUCCACCGAACAAUCCCUCCUUUCGCCAGACCCUACUGUGUCUAAGCCGCAAAACACUCAACCCCUUUUCCCUUUAGACACUCUCGAUGACUCCGCUUCGUUUCCAAAUACCAAUUCUGACUCUUUCAUUGAAAUUGACCAUUUACUCAAUUUGCUUCGCUUGUCUGUCAAAUACGCUGAUGUCCACCUUGCCCGAGCUGUUCAUGCUUGGGUUCUCAAGCUUGAAGAGGAUACCCAUCUGGGUAAUGCAGUCCUUGUGGCUUACCUAAAGUUGGGUCGUCUUCUCGAUGCUUACGGGGUUUUCCGGGGCCUCUCUAGCCCCGAUGUGGUGUCUUACACUGCUUUGAUUUCGAGUUUCGCCAAGGUGAAUCGAGGGAGAGAAGCAAUUGAGCUUUUCUUUAGAAUGAGGAGUUCAGGUAUUGAGCCUAAUGAUUAUAGUUUUGUUGCUAUUUUAACUGCCUGUAUUAGGACUUUGGAAUUAGAGUUGGGUUCGCAACUUCAUGCGUUGAUAAUCAGGCUGGGGUACUUAGAUUGUGUCAUUGUUGCAAAUGUUUUGAUGUGUUUGUAUGGUAAAUCUGGGAGUCUGGAUUACGUGAGUCGAUUGUUUGAUGAAAUGCCUCAAAGAGAUAUUGCAACGUGGAAUACUGUGAUAUCGUGCAUGGUGAACGAAUUGUCAUAUGAGAAAGCAUUAGAACUGUUUCGAGAUUUGCACCGAACUACUGAUUUUAAAUCUGAUCAAUUUACUCUAUCAACGGUGUUGACUGCAUGUGCUGGGUGCCAUGCUGUGAUGGGAGGUAGAGAGGUUCAUGGACAUGCCAUUAGAAUUGGGUUAGAGUGCAACUUGAGUAUUAAUAAUGCAAUUAUUUUGUUCUACACUAGGUGUGGGAGUCUAAAAGAUGUUGUGGCCGAUUUUGAGAUGAUGCCAGUAAGGGAUAUAAUUACUUGGACGGAAAUGAUUAUUGCGUAUAUGGAAUUUGGAUAUGUGGAUAUGGCUGUAGAGGUAUUUGAGAAGAUGCCAGAGAGGAAUUCUGUUUCUUAUAAUGCUCUUUUGACUGGAUUCUGUAAAAACGGUGAAGAGUUGAAGGCACUGGAGUUUUUUAUUAAGAUGGUCCGGGAAGGAGUAGAAUUAACUGAUUUCACUUUGACUAGUGUUAUAAAUGCUUGUGGAAUGCUCAUGGAAUUUGAAAUUAGCAGACAAAUUCAUGGGUUUAUCAUAAAGUUUGGUUUUGGAUCAAAUGCUUUCAUUGAAGCUGCUUUGCUUGAUAUGUGCACGAGAUGUGGAAGGAUGAAUGAUGCUGAAAAGAUGUUUCACAGCUGGCCAUAUGAUCAGGAUAGUUCAAUAAUACGAACAUCAAUGUUAUGUGGCUAUGCUCGAAAUGGGAUGCCAGAUGAAGCGAUUGUUCUCUUCCACCAAAGCCAAUCAGAAGGGGCAGUAGUUAUAGAUGAAGUUGCAUUGACUUCAGUAUUUAGUGUCUGUGGGACUCUAGGGUUUCAUGAGAUGGGGAAGCAAAUCCACUGUCAUGCUCUUAAAUCUGGGUUUGUAGAUGACACAGGAGUAGGAAAUUCCAUAAUUAGCAUGUAUUCCAAGUGCUUUAGCAUGAAUGAUGCAAUUAAAUCUUUCAACACUAUGUCAGCACAUGAUAUAGUUUCAUGGAAUUGUUUGAUUGCAGGCUAUCUCCUUCACAGGCAGGGAGAUCAGGCCUUGGUUGUCUGGUCGAGAAUGGAGAAGGCAGGCAUAAAACCCGACACUGUCACACUUGUGUUUAUUAUUUCUGCUUACAAGCAUACCAGCGCAAAUUUAGUUGAUGACUGUCGUAGGCUUUUUCUCUCUAUGAAAAAUAUAUAUGACAUUGAGCCCACUUCAGAGCAUUAUGCCUCCUUGGUAAGUGUGCUGGGACACUGGGGUCUCCUUGAAGAAGCAGAGAAAUUGAUCAUUAAGAUGCCCUUUGAGCCUGAGGCUUCUGUUUGGCGAGCUUUGCUUGAUAGUUGUAGACUUCACUUGAAUACAAGCAUCGGAAAACGGGUUGCGAAGCGUAUACUGGUUAUGGAGCCACAGGAUCCAUCCACAUAUGUGCUUGUAUCGAAUCUGUAUUCUGCUUCUGGGAGGUGGCAUUGCUCAGAAUUGGUUAGAGCCAAAAUGAGAGAAAGAGGGUUUCAGAAGCACCCAUGUCGAAGUUGGAUUAUUCAUCAGGAGAAGGUUCAUUCAUUUUAUGUAAGAGAUAAAUCACAUCCUCAGACAAAAGACAUCUAUAGUGGAUUAGACAUACUAAUCUUGGAAUGCUUGAAGGCUGGGUAUGAACAUGAUACAAGCUUUGUACUUCAUGAAGUAGAGGAGCAUCAAAAGAAGGAAUUCUUAUUUUAUCAUAGUGCAAAACUAGCAGCAACAUAUGGACUUCUGACGACCAGACCAGGAGAACCCAUUCGUAUAGUGAAGAACGUCCUUCUAUGUGGGGAUUGCCAUUCAUUCUUGAAGUAUGUGUCUGUUGUUACCAGAAGAGAGAUAUUCUUACGGGAUUCUUCUGGGUUUCAUUGUUUUUCAAAUGGUCAAUGUUCAUGCAAAGAUUACUGGUGAUGGUUAUCUCUGUUGCUCCUAAAAAGUGAACAUUGUAUAAUCUUUUUCUUCUUUCUUAUCCUUUUAUGU